AUGCCCCCUCUCUCAGGAUUUUCCGACAAUCAAUUCUGCGACCGGAAAGAUGUCUUGCUAGCAACUCAAGCUCUCGUCGGCGCGUUAAUGCCAUACUUUUCUUCAGGGAAAGCUCGUGUCCAGCUACCUAUUUACUCCGGUGCCCACUUUGACGAAGCCGCGGCACAGCUCGAAGGCUUCGCACGACCAAUAUGGGCCAUAGCUGCAGCUGUCGCCAGCCCCACCAACGAAAGUACUCCAGACAUUGCCAAUUAUUGUGAUCGAUUGGUGACUGGCCUUGCGAACGGAGUCAACCCCGAACAUCCCGAAUACUGGGGUGCAGUAGGAGACUGGGACCAGCGGAUGGUCGAGGCGGAGCCCAUUUCAUUUGCGCUUCUCAUCGCUCCCAAGAGAUUUUACGAGACUUUGUCGGCAACCAGCCGGCGACAUCUAUCGGAUUGGCUCUUUGGCCUGAACGGCAAGGUCAUGCCCGUGAACAACUGGAGGUGGUUUCGCGUAUUUUCAAACCUUGCCUUGUGCCGAGUGUGCGGUGUGCCUUUUGAAGACAUCAGAGACCAUAUCGAUGCUGAUUUUGCUGUACUUGAUCAAUUUGAGAUUGGUGAUGGCUGGUCUGCUGAUGGCAUAUGGAGAGCGGACGAUUCUCCGGCACACGAAGCCUACAGCAGACAAGCGGACUAUUAUUCGGGAAGUUUUGCAAUCCAGUUCAGCCAGCUGCUGUACUGCAUCGUAGCUGCAGAAACUGACCCCGAUCGAGUCGUGCGAUAUCGUCAACGAGCAAAAGACUUUGCUCGGCAAUUUUGGCGCUUUUUCGAUCAAGACGGCGCUGCAAUUCCGUUCGGUCGCUCUAUGACUUAUCGAUUCGCAACGGCUGCCUUUUAUUCGGCAUUUGCCCUGGCACAGUGCUGUGAUUCAGACAAAUACACGUCUGUGGGCUUUGUCAAGGGGAUGCUUUUUCGUCAUUUAAGGUGGUGGGCAAGACACUCGAGGGAUAUUUUUGCCACGGACGGGACCCUGAAUAUAGGAUACACUUAUCCAAACAUGUUCAUGUGCGAAGACUACAAUUCACCUCAGUCACCCUACUGGGCUAUGAAAUCAUUCGUGGUACUGGCGCUACAAGAUAACGAAAAUUUUUGGGCAGAGGCUGAAAAUUCUCAUCCUUUGGCUGCUUCGAAUACUCAUUCACGUACUGCCGGUGUUGAACUGGUCCACCCACCACUUCAAAUACUUUGCAAUCAGCCAAAGGGCCAACACCAUUUUAUGCUUUCUGGUGGUCAAUUCUGCAAAUGGCCUUUGAAAGCAACACAAGCCAAGUACAGCAAAUUUGCAUAUUCUUCCGCCUUUGGCUUCAGUGUUCCGACUGGAGGGGUGUUGACCCAGAUUGCUCCAGAUAGUACUCUCGCUCUUAGUCGAGACGCAGGAGAAUCGUGGACUACGCGAUGGGAGACAACUGGCAAUCCUCGGUUCAUGACCCUAUCCUUUGGCGGUGCCGAGGUUCAGUGCCUUCAAAGUGUAUGGAGACCAUGGAAAGUUGGUGAUAUCGAGAUUGAAACGACUCUUAUCCCCCCGUCUGAUUCCUAUCCAGACUGGCACGUCAGGAUCCAUCGUAUCAGGAAUCUCAAGAGGGAACCCACGGACUCCAUCAGGUUGAAUACUGUUGAAGGGGGAUUUGCAGUGCAAGCAAAGCGACCGAGGCAGAUGUCACAGUUGACGGAAGACUGGAAGAGCACCUCUGAGCAUGGAGGAGUGUCAGAAAGCAAUGACAGCUCGCUCGUCUUCAGUGAUGCCGGCAUCUGUGGUGUGAAGAACCUUCUUUCGGAACGCGCUGGCGCUGCGGAGGGCAAGAUCUUGAAAUCGGACCCAAAUACAAAUCUGGUGGAGCCUAAGACAUUGAUACCAACAGUUCAACAUAAUAUCGAGAUACGUUCAGGGCUCGAUGCCACCAUUGCUUCAGGGGUCUUUGCGAUUGCGAAGGGUGUGAAAUGUCUGACCCAGGAAGAGCUUCGAGAAAGAUGGCUCCGACACCCUAGUCUUGAAUCGGAGCAAGUGCGAUUAAUUGGGGAGAAUAAUCGAUUCAAUUAG